AUGGGGAGGCAAGGAGCCUCAGAAGCUAUCUUCAUCACACUGAAUUACAACAUCACUAUUGUGGGGAAGAUAUGGCUGGUUCUAACGGUCUUCCUACGUUUAUCAGUCUUGUUCCUGGCCGGCUAUCCGCUCUACUAGGAUGAGCAGGAGAGAUUUGUGUGCAACACUAUCCAGCCUGGUUGUGCCAACGUGUGUUACGAUAUAUUUGCACCCCUGUCACUGUUCCGCUUCUGGCUGGUCCAGCUUAUCUCCAUUAUCCUGGUUCAUGUUGUAUUUAUUGUCCACGUGAUCCACAAAGUUACAUCCAGCCUACCUCAUCCUGAUGCCUCUAACAGAAUGAAGUUGAGGUCUUUCUAUAAGAUUAAACAAGAACCUUUCCGUGAAGCAUCUCUGUCAAAGUCUAGUGUAAAAUCAGGUGUAAGACUGCUGCCUUGUUUCACAGGAGGCUACAUCUUUCACCUUUUGGUCCGGAUCCUUCUGGAAACUAGUUUCGGGGCGGCGCAUUACUAUAUGUUUGGUUUCUACAUCCCGAAGCGCUUCAUGUGUCAGCAGGCUCCUUGCACCACCACGGUGGACUGCUAUAUAUCCAGACCCACUGAGAAGACCAUCAUGCUGAAUUUUAUGCUGGGGUUGGCUGCACUGUCCCUCUUUCUCAGCCUGUUUGAUCUCGUCUGUGCCAUUAAGCAGUCAGCGAGGCACAGAAGCAUGAAGCAGAUGAUUGUGGAGAAGAUGUAUGAGGAGGAACAAUACUUCCUUGCAGAAAGUGGAGGCACUGGUGUUGACUUUGGUGACCCUGAACAUCAAUCCUUGCUGGUCAAUGGAAGCUUCCGUAAGAGAAUCAGCAAAGCCUGUGUGGAUGAUGAUGCCACUCUGCAAUUAGAAGGUAAAAGUCAUCCAGGCAUCCCUCAUGGAGGAACCCUUGUAGGUAUCGAUCUUGGUGUAACUAGUUCUAUCAGUGGUAAUGGAGCUGGUUGUUACCCAGUGGCACAGGAUGAGGGAACAGAGCGAGAGGGCAGUGAGAUGGCACUGUGUCCAUCUGAGCCAGUAGGCACGCCCAGGUCCAUACGGGUCAACAAGCGUAGUCGCCUCAAACCUAUGCCACCUCCCAGAUGGGACAAGCCACCAAAUGAAGGGCUGCUGGAUAGCUCUGCAGCAGUGGUAGCUUGUGAAAGGCUAUCAGGACAGUACAUGCUGGGGGAUAUAAGUACCGAUAGUGACGGAUACGAGAAAAGGUCAGCAUGGGUGUGAGGGUCUGGAUAUGAUCCUAAUCUUAUUGGUGGCACUGUGGGAUCAGCACCAAAACAAUUUGCAUUCUAAGACAUCUGAAAAGGUUAUAUUGUUCUGAGCAGCUAAUGAAAUGUCAUUAAACAAUAAAACCCUGAUAUCUUUUGACCUUUAAUAUGAGAUGGGACCUUCAGGAGCUGUCAGUUUUGUUUUGAAGAAUUUACUCGAUUAUUUAAAUGCCACAUCGUGUGUUUGAAAAGUGAGGGAACAUAAACAAAGGUCUUCAAAUGUUUGAAGACAAGGUGACUCGAAGUGGCUCUUCUGUUUCGUGGAAUGCUACCCUUUACAACUCGGCCGCGACCUUCACCGUCCACCUGUUGCCUCUGUUUGUAUUAGCUCACUCGGCUUCUCUAAACACUAAUCACAGAUCACCCUUGACUUGUCUUGACCUGGCUGUGUGCGUCAGGGUGAGAGGUCAUUCUAAAAGCAGGUUGGUGAUCUCCACAAUGGGCCUCCAAGGUUGAAACUGACACAAAUUCUCCACCCAGAAGACAACCAGUAUGGCUUUCCCUCCAAAAACACUAGCAUGACUUACUACGAUUAGCGCGAUUGUGUUGAAAUGAUUGUAACUAGUCCAUACAAACUUUGAUUUGUUUUAUUACAUUAUUAGCAUACCAGAGACCGGUGAGGUUGACUCGAGCAGGAAUCCCCCAGCCUGAGUGCCAGGCAGAACAAUUAGCGUCAAAGCCUGGAUUUGUAUUUAUGGAGGCGGCUUGUCACAAUAUAUUCAAAGACCCAGUAGGAUUUGAGGCUGGGACUUUAGAACACAUAGAAACACUUAAAAUAGCGCACCACAAUCCAAUGAAACAUGAGAUCUGAUGACGCCUGAUGCAACGCAACCUCUCUCGGCACGUUUCACCUCUACAGCUAAAUUAACUACAGCCUGUUGCUUUCAUCCUCCUAUCUUUUGGCACGGUCUUAUGUCCUCGGAUCCGUGUCAGACCGUUUGUUCUUCAGGAGCGACUGAUAUUCCCGGUUUUGAGUCGGAAUGAGACUGCUAAAAUGACACGUAAAUUUUCCCAGUCUGAACGCAUCGUGCUUUACGUAUAUAUCCAAAAUGACAGUAGAUCUUUAUCUAAUAAAGGAAUACAGAUAAAAACUGUACAGAUUUUUUCAAAUCAUCCAUUUGCUUGAAUUUUGUGCUUCUGCAUUGUAGUGCUUUUUUUUUUUUUUUUUUGGUUUGUUAUCAAUUAAAUGGAGAAUUGAGGUAGAGAAUGAAUCACUCUAUGACUGAAUA